CAUCUCCCGCUCGCUACGUUGUCUUCAUGUUGCCAUCGAGUCUCAUCAUUCGCGUCAUCUUAUUAGAAAGUCGCCGAGUUUCCCUCCUCAAUAGAGCCGACUUUCUUCUUCUUUGCGUACUCACAGGCCCGCCUGGGUCUCGUGGAAGUGUCGGUGACAUCCUUGCAGUGCAAACGCGCACGAGUCCGUGCCGAGCGCGUCAAGCAUCAUGGAGCGCUCACAGCAAGAUCGCCUUGGACCAAGGCACGAUGGCACGUCGCGCAUACAAAAGUCAGAGUCGGCAGCAGAGCGCCUUGCCGCUCUGAAGGCUCGAGUUUCCGCAGCUAUCGACACCAGCAAGGCAAAAGGAGGCCUCAAUGUAGGUCUGCACCCUGCUUUGGAGGACCUGGGGUCAUGGAAACCUUCAACAAAGGGCAAAGACGCCGCCCAACCCUCCUCGCAGCUCAAAAACGAUGCACGCCGGACGCCGAACGAUUCGAGAGCCCAGAGCCCCGGCAUCCUGGGCGCUGACGGCAAAAACCCCUACCUGGACACGAAGGUAUCCUCUCAACACAAUGUGGGCAAGCCACGCGAGUCUCGGCAGCUCGUCUUCAACCAAAAAGGAAAAUACAUCCAGCAAGGUGCUGCUCUAAGGCGGCAAGCGGCCCUUGAGGCGAUGAAGAAGCGCAUUGCAGAACAGACGCGAAAAGCUGGCAUUGACGAUGAUCUCGAUGUGGAAAAGAACUUUGUCGUGAACGCACCGCCCGACAUUGAGUGGUGGGACGAGGGUCUGGUCAACGGGUCGAAUUACGACGACAUUGAGAACUCUUACAACCUGAAGAUCAACAGCCCGGACUCGAUCAUCACGGAGUACAUCCAACAUCCCGUGCAAUUGCAGCCAGCGCAAGACAAGCAGGCGCCGCGUGAGGCAACCCUGCAUCUGACAUCCAAGGAGCAAGCCAAGAUCCGCCGGCAACGCAGAAUGGCUGAGCUCAAGGAAAAGCAAACCAAGAUUCGACUGGGCCUAGUGCCUGCACCACCAGACAAGGUGAAAAAGGGCAAUCUGAUGCGUGUGCUCGGCGAUGUGGCUGUGAAGGACCCUACGGCAGUAGAGGCGCGAGUGAAUCGGGAAAUCGCCGAAAGACACCAGCAGCAUGUCGACAUGAACGAGGAGCGGAAGCUCUCGAAAGAGCAACGGCACGAGAAGCUCAAGUUGAAACAAGAGAAGGAUGCCGGCAAGGGUAUCCACGUUCUCGUCUUCAAGAUCAAUAGCCUGGCAAAUGGGCAACAUCGCUACAAGAUUGGCGUCAACGCGGAGCAACUCAAUUUAACCGGCACGUGCAUCAUGCACCCAAAGUUCAACUUGGUCGUUGUGGAAGGGGGGGAGCACAGUGCGAACAAGUUCAAAAAGCUCAUGCUCAAUCGUAUUGACUGGACGGAAAACUCUCCUUCCCGUGAGAAGGAGGGCAAGCGAGGCGUCAUCAGAGACUGGCUACUUGCUGAGAACGAGAGAGGUGAGCUAAAGGACAUGUCGCUAAACGAGUGCAAGUUGGUCUUUGAUGGCGAGGAGAAGGAUCGCGGCUUCAGCAAAUGGGGCAGCCGUGUGUGCGAAACUGAUGCAGAGGCGAGGGAGGUGCUGUCAAGGGCGAAGAUGGAGAACUUCUGGUCGCUCGCCAAAGCCUUCGCCUGAGUCGCAGUCAUCAUCUGAGUGCCGAAGGCCACUACUUUCGGCACAAUAGGCUGCCAACUCCAUUUGAUCAAUCGAUGCUUGGCAGCACGCUCGCAUCCGAACAAAUAUCAUCUGGGACACCCCCCUCCCCGAAACAUCUACCUGCCUUUCAUCCAUGGGGCCAUGCGAGUAGGAAUCGGGGGCCGAGUGACCUAUUCACUACGCAAUACGA